UUACAUGCGGGGAGCUAUCCAAAUUCCACAUACCGACGCUAUGGACCCCCGGCGCAUGUUAUCAGCGUGCACGAGCGUUUUCGUUGUGUGCUUGAUUGCUUUUCUUCUUCAGAUUUUCAUCCACUCACCCAUUUCUCCUGUCCCGCUUGAAUUGCCUGUAGCAUCACCACCGUCCGAUUACACGAAAAAUGCGUUGCAGUCAGUGGUUAAAAUUGGAGAAGGUGUUCUCCAGGGACCUGAAGAUGUGUGUGUGGACAAAACUGGAGCAAUCUACACUGCCACAAGGGACGGUUGGAUUAUGAAAAUACAUCCAAAUGGGUCGUGGGAGAAUUGGAAGAUGGUCGGCGGACCAUAUUUGUUUGGAUUGGCCAUGUCAAUGGACGGUGAUCUGAUUGUCGCAGAAGCCUAUAAGGGGUUGCUAAAGGUGAAUCGAGAUAGUGUGACCGUUCUUGCAUCUGAAGUUGAAGGUUCUAAGAUAAGGUGCGCAGACGAAGUCAUCGAAGCAUCAGAUGGAAGCAUAUACUUCAGCGAUGCAAGUACGAAAUUUGAGAUGCAUGACUGGUUCCUCGAUGUGUUGGAGGCCAAACCGCAUGGACGUAUCCUUAAGUACGACCCGUCGAUGAAGAGGACAACGGUCCUGAUGUACGGUCUGUGCUUCCCCAAUGGAGUUGCACUGUCGCCAGCCGAAGAUUUUCUCAUCGUUUGCGAGACGUGGAGAUUCCGGUGCUUGAAAUAUUGGCUGAAGGGGGAGUUAGAGGGGAAACGAGUGCCGUUCAUUGAGAAUCUUCCAGGGGCCCCUGAUAAUAUCAAUCUUGCACCUGAUGGCUCCUUCUGGAUUGCCUUGCUGGAGUUGAGAUCUACAGGCCUUGAUUUCGUCCACCGAUCGAGCAUGGCCAAACGCAUCCUCGCAACCUUUCCAAAGCUGAUGAAUAUGAUCACACCCGUGAAGAGGAAAGCAACGGUUGUAAACGUUGGACCCGAUGGGAAGAUUCUCAAAAUGUACGAUGAUUGGGAUGGUAAGGUGAUGUCCUUGGUCACAUCAGCGUUGGAAUUCGAGGGCCAUCUCUACUUGGGUAACCUGGGAACGAACUUUGUAGGAAAAUUACCAUUGCAUUGAUAGAUUAUAACCUUUCCUGUUUCGAUCAUUGUAAUCCAUCAGACCUUUGAUAUAAGGGAUUUAGACCA